GUCUUGUGUAGGCAGAUUCGCAUUUGACUGUAUUCAACAUGGAGAUUUUGAUUACAAGAAAUAAUUUCUAGAUAAGUUAUUAAAGAUGUUCAGUGUGUUUGGUAUUAAACGUGAUUUAUAAUAAAUAAAAUGUCUUCCAAGAGUGAAUUAAAAAAAUUGUCUGAGGAGAGUUUGACUCGUCAGCCUGAGGAAGUUUUCGAUAUAAUAUGCAAACUGGGGGAGGGAUCUUACGGGAGUGUUUACAAAGCACUCCACAAGGAAUCUGGUCAAGUAUUAGCAAUUAAACAAGUACCUGUGGAUACCGAUCUUCAAGAAAUCAUCAAAGAAAUCUCAAUAAUGCAACAAUGUGACAGCCCCUACGUGGUUAAAUACUACGGAAGUUACUUUAAAAAUACUGAUCUGUGGAUUGUCAUGGAAUACUGUGGGGCCGGCUCAGUCUCUGACAUCAUGAGGCUGCGUAAAAAGACCCUCACAGAGGAUGAAAUCGCCACUAUUUUAUCCGACACCCUCAAAGGCCUAGAAUAUUUACAUUUACGUCGGAAAAUCCACAGGGAUAUUAAAGCCGGUAAUAUUUUACUAAACUCUGAGGGACACGCGAAGUUGGCGGAUUUCGGCGUUGCCGGCCAAUUGACAGACACCAUGGCAAAAAGAAACACUGUGAUUGGAACGCCAUUUUGGAUGGCUCCUGAAGUUAUACAAGAAAUAGGAUAUGACUGUGUUGCUGAUAUUUGGAGUUUAGGAAUCACAGCCCUCGAAAUGGCGGAAGGUAAACCACCUUAUGGUGACAUUCAUCCAAUGAGAGCAAUAUUCAUGAUCCCUACAAAGCCACCCCCUUCGUUUAGGGAGCCUGAUAAGUGGUCACCGGAGUUCAUUGAUUUUGUUAGCGUUUGUCUUGUUAAAAAUCCCGAAGAAAGGGCUAGUGCUACUGAUCUACUCAAUCAUGUAUUUAUAGGUAAUGCUAAACUCCCUAGUAUUUUAAGCCAAAUGAUUCAAGAAGCACACGAAAUUAGAGAAAACCAAAGUUAUAGGAAUGUAUCUUCUGCCGCUAAUAUUGUAGGAGUUAGGCAGAACAUCACUGAAGAAUCAGAUGAUGAAGUAGCUUUAGGAAAUCAGACCAUUCUUCCUUGUACAGAUGAGGGUACAUUAGUGCCGGGCAAAGGUGGUACCUUGCUGCCUGUAUCACAAAGUGGUACCUUAGUAGAGCUUGGAACCAUGGUUAUCAACAGUGACGUUGAUGAACAAACCAUGAAACGGCACGAUACAGGGUCGAGUCAGGGUGGGAAAAAAUACCGACCGUUGUUUUUGGAACACUUCGACAAAAAGGAAGCGGAAGUAAAGGGUAAUGGUGUGGUGACUCCUACGACUCUGGAUGGUCCAGAAAUCGUGCCUGAUGAGCAGCGUUUCCAGAGUCAUUUUCAUGUACAGUUGAAUCAAGUGCCGUCGCCUCAACAGGCUCAACCUCAAGAACAAAAAGCACAAUUUCAUCGGCCUUUCUCAGACGGCGAUUUUGAAUUUUUGAAGUUUUUGAGUUUUGAGGAGUUGCAACAGAGAAUGGCCAAAUUAGAUUUAGAUAUGGAGAGAGAAAUAGACGAACUUCGUAGAAGGUAUCAGAUUAAAAGACAACCGAUUUUAGAUGCAAUGGAUACGAAGCGGAAACGACAACAGAAUUUCUGAACAAACAGGUUGAUUGUUGCAAUGAAAAUAUGGUGCUCAAAAAGUUAGGUUAUUAUAUACUUGCCAUUUAGUUUAUCUUUGUUAUUAAUUUAAACAAAACGCUUUUUGAGCCGAAUAUUGUUAGAACGUGGUGAGGAAACAAAGAAGUGUUCCUACUUAUUGUACUUAAUCAGUUACGUACAGUUCGUGUCAUUAUUUGGGACGUACUGUAUAUUUUUAAUAUGUUAUUCCCGAUUUUAUUUCACUAGAUUACUGUUUUGCCAUACAGGAUGCACCAAUUUUAAACUUUUAAGUUCAUUUUUCAUUUUAAUAAAAAUUGAUUGCCUUCAGUUUGAGCUUUUAUCAGUGUUAUUUUUGUACAGUCAUUUUUAACUUUGUGUAACUCUAGGUUAUAACCUGUACGAUAAGUACGCUUGCUGUGCCUUUAGUAGUUAUCUAGGAUUAAGUACGAGUGUAAUCAUAUUUUUUGAUCAAAUAAAAUUCAUAACUAAC